UGAAUGGGGUGUACUUAGACCACCAUGUUGUACCUUUGAAGGUACACGGACCUUAGAUGUAGCUUAGCAGACCUAAGGUUUAUUCCUGACAGUGUAUGUAAUAAAUAAACAGAUAGACAGUAUUACACAUAUAUCCUGGUGGCAGGUGUUUGAGAACCAAAUGACCUAAGUCCUAUGCUGCUUCUUAUCUAAAACAAACUUUGUAUAUUUACCUCAGCCUUGGGAAGGCUUCUGUAAAAGGCUAAAAGUCAUUCUUCUAUAUAAAUAUAAAAUUAACAAAGACUAACAUGUACAGAUGCACUUAUACAAACUCAUAUAUACGAAUGAAUGUGUUCGUGGUUACAUAAAUCUUUCCAAAACUCCAAACUCAUCUCGAACACAAAACAUCUGCUGCACUGAUAAACAAAGAAUGUCUGGUAAACGCACGCCACCUGGUUGCCUGACGUGAAAUUCUUUAGCGAAGGUGUGCACACGCGCUCAGGUAAAACCCACAUACGUACACACACGAGCGUACAGGUAAGGCGCACAGGUGGUCCGCCCAGUGGACGAAAAUGGCAACAGAAGCGAGAGAAACAAACAAAUUUUGCAUGCAAUGAGUCUGAUCCUGGCUAUAAAGGUUUUUUUUUUGUUUGUUUGAACUCUUGACUGUCUUGUCUCUGGCUGCUGAAGGUCGGUAUUGAAGGUUGAGGUUGAGGUUGAGGCGCCGCCCCCGUAGGCAGGUCUGGAGGUGUGUGCUACACUAUAUGAGCGCGCGGCCGUGCGUUACAGCCGCAGAUCAGACGAGAGUGGAGACGGUGCCACUGUUUCUCACGCACCAUCUGUGUUUACAGCGCUUUGAGAGAGAAAAAAAGGAGUCUCGGAUGCGCUUCUGUUGGUGGACUUUGGAAAAACUGGACAAACUCCUUGGGGACCUUUGCGCUGCUUCGUUCGGCGACUUAGCGACGUUUUGCAGCGGCCGGUAAGCGGCGCACCAUAAGAGAUGAAGCUCCAGCUGCUGGGCGGCGCGCGUCCCUGUGCGCCUUCACCGCUUUCCGCCGAGGACGAGCUAGGCUCGGAUGGAGACUGCGUUGCGCACAGCCCUGCGCCACCGACAUCCGUUAUCAGCCCCGCAGGGGUUACGGGAGCCAUGGGUUCCUCCAGCGGCGGCGGCACGGGUGCGCGCACGGACUCCAAAGGCAAACCGUACACGCGCAGACCCAAACCGCCGUACUCGUACAUCGCCUUGAUCGCGAUGGCCAUCCGGGACUCGAGCUCCGGCCGCCUCACGCUGGCCGAGAUCAAUGACUACCUCAUGCGGAAGUUUCCCUUCUUCCGCGGCAGCUACACGGGUUGGCGCAACUCUGUGCGCCACAACCUGUCGCUCAAUGACUGCUUCCUCAAAGUGCUGCGGGACCCCUCGCGCCCGUGGGGCAAGGACAACUACUGGAUGCUCAACCCCCACAGCGAGUACACGUUCGCGGACGGCGUGUUCCGGCGCAGGAGGAAGCGCAUCGGCAAGAAGAAGCAGGACGAGGAGGAUGAGGACGAGCAGGAGGUCUCGAGGCGAGGAGGAAGAGCAGGAGGUGCAGAAUCCCUCGUGCAAAUGGCUCCAAACAGCUCGGGCUCCAAGUUCUCCAGCUCCUUCGCCAUCGACAGCAUCCUCAGCACGCCUUUUAGAAGCGAAGAGAAGCGGCAGCAGCAGCAGCAGCAACAGCAGCUGCGAAGGGACUUUUACUACUUCUCUUCCUCGCCCUCCUCCCUUCUUCUCCUUCCUCCUCCUCAUCUUCCUCCUCCUCCUCUUCCUCUCGGCUCGGUCGCGACCACCGGAGGGGGCUACCACCACCCGUUUCAAAUAGACUACCUGCUGGCGUGACGGGUGGAGGAGGAGGAAGCCCCCCUGUUUGUUUUUAAUGGGGGAGGCUGGACAUGAUGGCACUUUAUAACACGCACUGGACGUUUGCAGCAAACAUUUCGUCGUUUCAACAUCCCGUUGCCUUGGAAACUUUGGGUUAAGGGUUUGGGGGGUUGGGGGCGGCCUUGGGGGGUUAUAAGGGAUGGACUGUAUGAUGAUGGAGGGAUGGAGUGAUGGAAUGUACGCACAAAGAGUAAAUACUUAUUUGCUAAUGUAUUUAUGACGGCCUUUCUUUUCUACAUAACUCUAUGUCAAUAUAGAGUUUGUAUGUUUUGUUGCUGAAAACGGACUGUUUGCCUUUAGCUGUUGUUUAUCGCCUUGUCUUUGAUACGAAACAAUACGACUGACAGACACCACUGGUCAGCUACACGGUACAGGUGACAGGUGAGGAGUGGCCAUCUCACCUGCUCGUGAUGGAACUGGACAGCACUGUAAAUUUCUACUGAAAGAAUGCAUGCAUUUUUUUUAUAGGCUACUGAAUAAUAAAAUUUAUUUCAACUGCA